AUGACCAUCAAACUGUAUGCGAAUCUGAUUAGCCAGCCGAGUCGCGCGGCAGAGUGGGUCCUGCGACUAAAGAAGCAGGACCACGAGCUGGUGAUGACGGAGUUUGGCAGCCCUACGUUCAAGUCGCCGGAGUUCUUGGCGAUGAACCCUAACGGUCUCAUCCCGGUUCUACAAGAUGGAGAAUUUUCGUUAUUUGAGGGCAAUGCUAUCAUGCCUUACCUGGCUGAGAAGUUGGGCUGGUCGGAUCUGUAUCCAACCGACGUUCAGGCUCACGCUAAGGUGAACCAGUAUUUGCACUGGCACCAUACGAACACGCGUCUCAUCACGUCCAAAGUGCUGGUGCCGAUCAUGCACGCCAAGCAGAACAUUGCAACACCGGAGGAGGCUGAGUUCGUGAAGGACACGCCCGCUCUCCUCACCAAACUGGCGACGCUAAUGGAGAUAUUCCUUGUGAAGGAAUUUGUGGCCGAGACCGACCACCCGACGGUCGCAGACUUCGCUGCCUACUGCGAGUUUGUUCAGAUUGAACUCAUGGGCAUCUUCGACUUCUCCAAGUAUCCGAACGUUUCCGCCUGGAUGGAGCGCAUGAAGAAGCUACCACAUCACGAUGCCAUCCACGCCACCUUGGACUCGUUCUUGGGGAGCUCGGGGCUGAAGACCAAGGCAAGCUCCACUGCCGCUGCUGCCUUCUUUCUUCAACACGUCGUCAUGGAGAAGAGCCCUACACUCACGAGACCAACGUUCAGUGUGGCCCUCUUUUUUGCCAAUCGUGGACAGGCGAAAGUGAAAUUUCGUUUCCAUUGGUCGAAAACCCACCCCUUGUUCUUCUUCCAAUUAGACAGUGAGAACAACCCAAAACUGGCCGCGAGGAGGAGGCGGGCAGGCAGGAAGACGCGGCACGAGCAGCUCCUGUGGGCGCUACGAUCAGCUCUCGACAGCGACGGCAAGAAGAAGUUUAGAAUCAACUAUUUUGUAGCGGCGAACUCCACGAUGCAAUUCUUCAAGCAGCUGACGGACCCGGCGCUCAAGCGACUGUACAAGUUCGUGCUCAAGCGCAUGAUCGGCCGCUUCCUGGCGGCAGAUGAGCUGGAUUUGGACCAAUUGGACGUGCAUCUUCGCUCUGGCCGGCUGGAGCUGUGUGAUCUGCUGCUUAAUGCCGAGGUGCUGGAAUGCCGAGCUCUGGCUAUCUGGGGUCUGUCCGAGUGGGCUAUCUCGUACGCGAACAUUAUGAGCGAGAGCUGCUUAGUGGAGAUCGACGAUAUCGAGAUCAUUCUGGUGCCUUUGGAGAAGGACGAGGCCCAGACAAGACCGAGCUGCACAGAACCAGAGGAGAAGGAGCAGAAACAAGACAAGCAAGAGAAGAAACCCUUGGCGCCGGAGCCAGUGGACGAGAUCUCGCAGGAAGGACUCGACUUUGUGGCCAGCUGGAUCGAACAGGUCACGUCCAAGAUCAAAGUCACCUUGUCGAAUAUUUGUCUGCGGCUGGAGACGGGAGAACAGCACAAUGGACGCGAUGUGGCGCUGCUGUGUAAGCUGCAGUGGGCGCAGUUUACGGACGAGUCGGCGGCGGAAAUGCAGAGUGUUUACGGACGAAGUAGCUUGGACCAUUCUGCAGGAAUGUAUGGGUCUCAGACGAUGGGAGCCGGAGUGCAGUCCAUGGCGGCCAGUACGUUGUUCGGUAUCUCUCAGAAAGGAAUUAUGUUUCGCGGUAUCAGCAUGGAUUUACACCUCAGCAGUGAGGAAAAAGACGAGGAAGAACGGUGGACGGAGCGACGACGCACGGAAUACAGCGAGAUGGUGCUGCAUCCGUUCCUGGCGAGUGACUCCAACAAACAGAACUACAUUAAGGUCAAGCUGUCCCAUUACGAGGCAUUAGAGGCGCCCGCGAUGGACGCAGACGUGUUCUUCCACUCGAUUCGCAUCGUGUUGCAGCCUCAAUACUUCCCAGAGCUUGGCAAAAUCGUUGAUGCGUUCUCGACGGACCCUGUCAAGCUGAACGGCCACCAGUUGGAUGAUCGUUAUACGUCGACAGCGAUGUUCCAGUCCAUUUGUGCUGACCGACCUGCGUGGUUGACUGGGGGUGAUGACGGUGAGGACGAUGACGAGGGAGGAGCUCUCAACCUGUCGUUUAGGGAAUUCCAGCGCAUUGAGCAGCUGCUUUUACAGUACCGACAGACCCAAGAUGAACUGAAGACUGCGCAGCGACGCCGUAGCUCAACUGAAGAGGACACGGCAACAACAGAGAGACGAGCACUUUUCAAGACACGGAAGCUCUCGGCAGCAGAGAGUGUCGAGAGCAUUGGAUUGUCGGACUUGGAUGACGAGGAGGACGGUUUUUUCGAGUGUGAAACAGGACUCGCUAGCUCCAUUGCUCCAUUUGGAUCGCUUGCAAGCUCCAGUAAGUUGGGCCAAUCGAUGUACGCGUCGGCGCGAUACAGCUUUGACGAGAACGAGUCGGAAAGCAGGCGUGACGAUCGAUCUCAGUUGACGUGGUCCACAACUGCGCAGAAUCGAGCAGCACGUCGAGUCCAGUCGCGAGUUAAAGUCCAUCUGCUCGAGUGCGAGUGUGUCCUGCUGUACGAUGAUCUCCCAGACGACGAAGAGGAGGAAGAGGAAGAAGUCGAAGAUUCACUGAGUGAACGAGAAGCCGAAGGCUCCAUGACUGACAGCCGCUUCCUCCGUGCCCCUGUGAGGCCCACAAAGCCCUUGCCAUCGGUUGAUGGUCUCGAGCGCUUGGAGAUCUCGUUGAAGGACAUUAUUUUCUCAACCCUAGCGUAUUCUCAGCAUUCCUUACUUGCCUUUACAAUUGGCAAGGUCGCAAUCACGGAAAAGACGCUCCCGCGGAUGUCGUUGGAUGCCGAAGAGGAUGAAUCGGCCAUGCUGUCGACGUGUGUGCUGAGAUUUGCUGACACUUCUCCAGUUUCCGGUCGAAAAGUGAAUUUAUCGGCGAAUGUAUCAGCCCAGCUGCGGAUCGGCUUCAAGCCUGCAUCGGACGAUGACACCUCGUCGACGAUUUCAUCACUUGGAGUGCGAGUAAAUGCUCAACCCGUUCUCGUUGAAUGGGACAUGUAUCUGCUAGAUCGAGCACAUCGUCUUCUAGCUCUUCUGGAAGACGAUACGUCGACAUCAAAGCGAAAAGCAGCGUCAACGGCACGGGCUGAAGCCAAAGAGCUUGCAAAGACGUUCGACAUGACAACGGAGAAGGGAACGUCGCUCCCGUGGUUGGCAGAAUUUGAUGCGUCUUUCGACAGUGCGAAGGUGUCGUUAUUGACCCCCGAAGAUGGCAAUCAACGAAGUUCUCGAUUGGAGAAAGCGGUACUUGUUACUGCCUCCAGUGACGAGCGGUCAGGAGACGUAUGCACUCUUCGUCUGCGUCUUCAAGCGCCGUCGCGUGAAGAAAUGAAGGAGGCUGUUGCUAGCAAGCAGAAUCUGUCACAAGAUGCCAGUCAAAGUCCCGAUGAGUCCUACGAGAACGCGGCAGCAGCAGCUUCACUAUAUUCCGUGGAAAUUGGACUCCCACAUGCCAACGCAGUUUUGCUCAAGUCGUCUCUGGACCGAUUGAUGGUGCUGUUUGACGCGCUUUUGAUGAUCAAUCCGAUCGAUGUCGACAGCUACAACCAGAUGCUUGCUGUGGCGGCCCUUCGAAAUCGAUUGAUGCCCAGCUACAUGAGUAUGAAUCUCACGCUGGGCGAAGGAACUGUCCGGAUAUGUGACUACGUUUCUUUGCCUCCAUCUCCGUCUUCUCAAGGUGCAAACCUGUCUGCUGUGCAUAUAGCAGAGGAAGAGACACUCGAUGGGCCGGAGAAGGUUCUGUUCACGUACCACUUCGCUUUCCAGACUCUGAAGGUCUUCCAGGUCUCUCAGUGGAUGGGACAACUGGUCUCUCGUGUCCACGUACUCGCCCAGAACACGACGUUACUGGAAGAAGAUGGACGCUCAAAUACUGUUGUGCCGAUUCUCUACAAGACGCCGUUUGGAGUCUCGAAAGCUCCAAUCUUCUUCAUGGGAGUUGAUAUUGCAGACCAGACGAACGAGAUGCGCGAGAUGAAAGUUGAACUGCAUCUCUCGCACCUCAGUUUGCGCUACGAUGUGCGCUCCAAGUGGCUGUUUCAGAUGCUGGAUAUGCUGCUCAUGGAAUACCCCGUCCCGAUUAUCCCGCUGGACUCGGCCAGUAUGUCGGAUGACGAGAGUACGAAGUUCUUUGAGAUGAUUAAAUGUGGAGCAAACUACGAUGCUGUACCGCUGGCAACAGCACCGAAGACGGUGUUCACGAAGCUGUUUGUCAACUUCUACGACGUUCUAGUCGAUUACGCUCCACUCACACUGACGUCACGUGUGAUUCUCGUGCUGGGCAAAGUUAGCGUGUCUUCGAACGUCGUCACGGGUGCCGUAAUGCAGGGCUACAAGAUCUCUGUGGGCGACUUGGAGCUCUUCUUGACGCAAGCGCGUGCUGGAUACGAGGAGAUUGACGAGGUUUUGUUGGGCAAUGAUCUUUUCCUCCGUGGCAACGCCAAGAGCUCGAAGAGGAAGGCUCUCAAGUUUGCAACUACGUAUGCCGGCAGCGGCAGUCUGGACGCAGAGUAUCCUUCGUUGCUAACGUUCUUGGAGAGAUUUGGCUUCUUGCAGAUUGUUACGAUGGAUUUUGUGGAUGUUUUCCUGCGCGUGCUGGUCCCGCCGACGGCGCUGGAGGUCGCAUCUGCGUCGAGAGGUCAGCUUGAAGAGAAAGCGUCAACAGCAUCAGCUUCUCCAGAGCUGUCAGUGGAGCUGAAUCUGGGCACAGCCAAUAUUUACGCGUGCUUUGAUUCUUUCAACACUUUGAUCGAGGUGCUGUCAGUGUGGACAGACCAGCUUGCAGUUGAACAGGAGCCACGUGACACGACUGCAUAUGUGGGUCUGGAUGGAGAGAGCGACCCGUCCAGUGUGUCAGUUGUCACGAACUUGAGUCCUGCCCCUGCUGGCGGCAUGCGGGCAAUAGGAACUGGUGCUUCGGAGCCUUCAGCGCAAGACUUCUCAAGUACGAGCAGUGUCCGGAGUGAACGUUUUUCUGUCGACGACAACAAUGGAGGUUCCAGUCGAGGCCUCAUAAACAUCUUGGAACAAAUCGAUGAAGACGCUUUCGGAGGGGGAAAGAAGAUCUUCCCGGGGAAAAUUGUGGCUACGGAUACAGAAGCUCGCUUGUUGCGUACUCGCAUGGAUUCGAUUCAGAGGGAGAAGGAGCGUAUGGUUCACGGUGUUGAGUACGACGACCAGUUCUCUGCAUCGGAGUUGCGACUGAGGUACCAACAAGAGGAAAGACGGAAGUCUGCAAAGCCGGUUCGUAUUAACGAGCUGGUGAUUGAGAACUAUUAUUCCCAGAGUCGAGUAUUAGAUGGAGACGAGUCGGCUGGCGCUUUCUUGAUGGAACCAGAGCGUGACCAGGAUCAAGCUCAAGGGAACACAAGUGGAGAGGACUCGUGGUUCUCGUCAGCCCCGACAAACCCGCCAAGUGUGGACUCGUCUCCUGACAAGACAGCGAUGCCGUUUAACGAGCAAGCAGCGCGGUGGCUUGCUCCUGGUGGAACGACUAGCAACGCUGGGGAUAGAACGCCGAGGAGUGAAGUAGAUUUUCCUCUUUUUGAACCAGUGGAAGAGAAGGCUGCUGCUCCCCAACCCGCGAGUGUGUCACCUAGCGUUGGCCAGGCGAGUGUAGACUACGGCAGUGACAACGCGUACGACCUCGAGGACGACGACGACGACGUGGACGAUUUCGAUGCGAACCACUUCCCCAUGGGCGCUUUCCCGGCUGCCUCGAAGAACUGGUGGGGCAUGCAGAACUUGCCUGAUGAAGUGGAGCUUAGCGAUCUACAGACGGAAGAGACCGCGUCUAUCUUCUCGCAUCGAAUGGACCUUAUGGAAGACCGAAGUGUGGCCCACCAAACAUUCAGCGAGGCGGGGAUGGACGACGGACAUGGCAACUCUGUGUUCCCCAAUGCGAUGUCCAUGUCGAUUAUUGAUGUCGGAGAGGACCAAGGCAAGGAGAUCGAACUGGAUUUUGGACUUGAUGGUGACCUGCAGUCGCGAUUUAACCGAAUUCUUGACAUGGACUCGACUAACGACCAGGAGGCUGAUGAUUUGGACGAUGAGAACGAUGAGGACGAUGAGAACGACGGAGAUCAGAUCACGCUCCAGCAAAUGCAACAAGACUCCUCCGUGACGUCGUCUCCACGUGCUAUCCCAACGCGACAAGCGUCCUUUUCUUCAUCCAGAAGCCAUCCCGGUGCACCGUCGUCUUCGUUUGGUAUACCGACAGCGUCUCCACCUGAUCAGCCGACAGCACGCUGGUUCUAUGACGACCAACGGUCUGAUGACGGUGGGCCCCCUAUGACUGGCCCUCCGUCGCGGAUCUACCCGCAUCACGUCGAGAUUCCAGUGGGUGGCUCGGCCACAUCGCUAUCGUUCGGUGAAAAGGAGUGCGAAGAUGCCAUUCGAUCCAUCGCACGGGAGAGCGCGGCACGCAAAGUGGAGGCGACAUCUCCGAUUGUCGUACAGCACGUUCUACUGCGGAAUUUUAACAUUUGCAUGCGGUUCUUCGGUGGAUGUGACUGGACGCGUGAUGCGAGCGACGCUGUGAGUCUUCACCCUUCAAAGGAUAGCCACGCUGAAGACACGUCGAAGGAGAAGCAGCCUGACAGUGCUACAGCGAAGAAGGAGAAACUAUUGGACGCUCUACUGGACAACUACGUGCCUUCAGAUGGCGGAGAUCUCUUUGUAAACGACAGCAGCUCUUCUCUCUUUACGGCAGCCAAAAGCGCACCGACAACGUCGUUUAUGAAGCGUGACCCGGCCACGAGAACGACAAGAGCGGCAUCUAGUGACAGCACGCCGUCUCGCAAGCGCUCCUUGAAGAAAAGUGGCCGCAAGACAGAGGAGAUGCUGGAGCUAGUGGUGACACGCAUCCAGUUACGGCUUGAUCUGUUCAACGAGGCGGAGACGCAGUCGCUGGCAUCGCACACGGUGUUGGCAUUGGGCGACGUGGAGCUGCUGGACUACAUUUCGACGUCUCAGAUCCGCAAGAUUAUCUGCUACUGGAAGUCUGAAGCAAGUCAUCCACGAGAAAGCGGCAGCUCGAUGGUGCGGCUGCAGUUGAUCACGGUACGACCGGGCCCCAAUCUGUGCGAGGAGCAUCGUCUCAAGGCUCGCUUACUGCCGCUACGGAUCAAUCUAGACCAGGAGGUUGUCAAGUUCCUGCGGCAGUUUGUGCCCACAGAGGAGACGCCAGCGCCCAAGAAGCGCCUAACGCGACAGAUCAGUGCCAUGCCGGAUGAGACUGAUGAUGAAGUGGAAAUAACGAUGCACGAAGGAGGGAUGGAGAUGAAGCCAAUUGGAGAGGCUGCGACUGCUGUUGAGGCCAGUUUGAGCAUUGGCGCGUGGUUCUUCCAGAGUAUCGACAUCAAGCCGUGCAAGAUCAAGAUCGACUACCGACCGAACCACGUCGACUACGCGGCCUUGCGAGCUGGCGACUACUUAGAAGUGAUUAACUUAUUCGUUCUCGAAGGCAUGGAGCUGGUUCUUCGACGUGUGCAGAUGAGUGGCCUGGACGGGUGGGCGGCGUUGGGAGAGAAUGUGCUGGUGUCGUGGGUGCAGGACAUUUCACGUCGGCAGAUCCACAAGUGCGUCGCGAGCGUGUCGAUGCCGCCGCUCCGUCCGUUCGUCAACAUUGGCGCCGGUGCUGCAGACUUGAUUUUACUCCCGAUGGAGCACUAUGGACGCGAUCGACGUCUUGUGCGUGGCAUUAAGAAGGGAGCGUCCAGUUUUCUCAAGUCGGUGACGAUCGAGACGCUGAACACGGCGUCCAAGGUGGCUCAAGGCACCCAGGCGUUACUGGAACAUGCGGACGAUGUGGUGUCCUCGUCAUCUGCUCUACGUCGCAAGCAGCUCAAGUACCGACAGGCUGGCAGUCGCAUUGCAAGGAACUCGAGACGGAUGGGCGGUGGUGGUAUUCGCAAUGCGCAAGACGCGGGUGGAGGCAUUGGAGGGCGUCAGUAUCUAGCUCAGCAACCGGCGAGUGCUGCGGAAGGGUUAGGACAAGCUUUCGUCUGUCUGUCACGCGAACUUGCACGUGGCCACAAAAUUAUUGUAGCUUUCUCCUUCGUCGAGUACAAAGAAGACGGGAUCUCAAGGAUUCCAAAGGCACUCAUCGGCGUUCGCAACGCCGUGGACCCAGAGCUCAAAGAGGACAUUGAGAACAAGUUUAAGGACUUCCGAGCGAUCUGA